AUGUGCAAAGCCAUUUUUGAUUUGAUGCUAUGCAAAACCUGCGAGAACGUCGACCUCUACAUGACCAACAGCAACUACUGCCAAGAAGGCUACGGCAAGCACGCGGUGUGCGAAAGCAUUAGCCUGGAAUCUAAACGGCCCAUCGUCAGUCGGGCUCAGCUCAGCCAGCAGGAGUGCCGCGCCUGCAAGAUCGCUAGGCAGGGGAGUCCUGGCGCUGCCCCCGGGACGGUGCCCAAGCUGUAUGCGCAGCCCGUCGAGCCCUUGAUUGAAUAUUGCCUUUUGCAUCGCGGCGGUCACCUAAAGGGCGAAGGCGCGUCUGCGCCGCCACCCAGUGCUUCGAUGUCGCAGGGAGAACCGCCCCGUGGAAGUUCCACAGUCAAGCUUCUCAGGGUCAUCGCGUUCCUCCUCAAUGCCCAAACCCCCCUCCUGCCUCUCAAUAUCCUUCUAAGCCUCCUGCUCCUGGUGGCCCUCCUCGCCGGCAUCCUCCUGGUCCUGGUGGCCCUCCUGGUCCUGGCGGCCCUCCUCGCCGGCAUCCUCCUAGUCCUGGUGGCCCUCCUGGUCGGUAUGCUCCUGGUCCUGGUGGCCCUUCUGCCGGCGCUCCUAGCCAAGGGUAUCCUCAUCGUCCCAGACACCCCGCUGACGCCCCUGAGGGUCCCGCUCGCCAUGGCAGCUCUCGGGAAUCUGGAUACCGUCCUGGCUAUAGUGACUGAAUAUCAGUCUCGAUCUACUGACCGUUACUCUUCUGACGAUGAGCGGGGUUACAGAUCGUCUCGUCGCCGAAAUACUGGUAGGCGUUAA